GUAAAUAUUUUGGGCCCAAUGCAUUAUGUUUUACGAAGAAGUAAAUUAAGAUUGAUUUUGAUUGCAGUUGCAGCGAUAGGCUUCUUCUCCAUAAUCUUGUUCACUUUCAACAAGAGGAAGUACAAGCUGGAUUUGAAGGGAAAGAUACAAAAUGAUAAGGAUGUUGAACUCUUCCUAUUGAACAAUGAGAAUCUCACAACAAGAAGAUACAACUGCUCUGAUAUUAAGAAAAUGACUAACUCAUUCAGUGAAAACUUAGGAGAAGGGGGCUUCGCUAGCGUGUAUAGAGGAAAGUUAUCCGAUGGCUGUCUUGUAGUAGUAAAGAUUUUAAAAGAAUCCAAAGGCUAUGGAGAAGAAUUUAUCAAUGAGGUUGCAAGUAUCAGUAGAACUUUCCACAUUAACAUUGUCACUCUCUUGGGAUUUUUCUUUGAGGGUCCCAAAAGAUCUCUAAUUUACAAGUUCAUGCCCAAUGGAUCUCUUGAGAAUUUCAGAUUCUCCAGAGCAGAAAGUCUAUUAGGAUGGGAACAAUUGUUUCAAAUUGAACUUGGCAUUGCUCAUGGAAUAGAAUACCAGCGCCAAGAAUGUAAUACAAUGAUUUUGCACUUUGUCAUAAAGCCUCAUAACAUUCUGCUGGAUAAAGACUUCAAUCCUAAAGUAUCAGAUUUUGGCCUGGCAAGAAUUUGCCCCAGUAGACCUAGUAUAGUGUCAAUGCCAGGGGCCAGAGGAACAAUAGGGUAUAUAGCUUCAGAAAUAGUUUGUAGAAACUUUGGAGAUGUUUCUCACAAUUCAGAUGUCUAUAGCUAUGGUAUGAUGAUUUUGAAAAUGGUUGGACAGACGAAAAAUAUUGAAGUUGGAAUUGAUCAUUCAAGUGAAAAUUACUUUCUUGAUUGGAUAUAUAAGAAACUUAAACAAAGUGCCGAACUUGAUUUGAACAUCAGUAUGAAUGCAAAUGACCAUUUGGGGAUAAGAAAAAUGUUAAUAGUUGGAUUGUGGUGCAUACAUACUGACACUACAACUAAACCUUCAAUGUGUAGGGUUAUAGAAAUAUCGGAAGGGAAUAUAGAAUCUCUGCAAAUCCCACCCAAACCCAACUUUGUUUUACAGCCAAGAGAAGCAUUAAAUCCUUCAAUUUCUAAGUUAGCACUUACCUUAUCUGAAGUUCAUGAAGUUUAGCUAUGACCUCAUUAAAACUUCGAGGGAUCCUUGUGGUGAUUGGAGGUUCCGAGUGACCAUAGAGCAAUUAUCUUGAUUGGUUGUACUAUAGCAAUUUGCAUGUUGUUUCUGUCUCAAUGUUAAAUUUCACAUUUGUGUAAAAACAGAGUAAUUAAAGACACUCAUCUACCCUUUAGUUUGUCUAGUUAUUGUUAUUAUCUAGUACUUAAAUAAGAUAAUGUGUUGCAUUAUUGCAUAGCAUUAUUUUCUCUGAUUUUUAUGAAGUUGAGCUAUGAGCCCAUUAAAACUUCUCGAGUUGAUAUGAUCCAGGAGUCGAGCCCGACGAAAGCAAGUGCGAGACGAGCCCCGUUGAUA